UAAGCCUACUGACUGGUGCCGGAAAAUAGCUGUAAAGGAACUAUGUAAAUCAAUUAACUCCAUGGUUUUUAUGGAGAUCUCUUGAUACCAAAUCUUUCUUUUCAUGUUUCUCUGAUCCUGCGGAGAUGAAAAUUGACAUCCAUAGUCAUAUUCUACCAAAAGAAUGGCCAGAUCUAAAAAAGAGAUUCGGCUAUGGAGGCUGGGUGCAGCUCCAACACCACAGCAAGGGAGAAGCAAAGAUGCUGAAAGAUGGGAAGGUCUUCAGAGUGGUCCAAGAGAACUGCUGGGAUCCAGAAGUCCGUAUUAGAGAAAUGGACCAAACAGGAGUGACCGUGCAAGCCCUUUCCACAGUUCCUGUCAUGUUUAGUUACUGGGCCAAACCUCAGGACACUUUAGACCUGUGCCAGCUUUUAAACAAUGACUUGGCUGCCACUGUUGCAAACCACCCCAGGAGGUUUAUAGGUCUGGGGACGUUGCCCAUGCAGGCCCCUGAGCUUGCCGUGAAGGAGAUGGAGCGCUGCGUGAAGGAGCUGGGCUUUCCUGGGGUCCAGAUUGGCUCCCACAUCAAUGAGUGGAAUCUGAAUGCGCCGGAACUCUUCCCUGUCUACGCAGUGGCUGAAAAGCUGAACUGUUCCCUAUUUGUGCACCCCUGGGACAUGCAGAUGGAUGGACGGAUGGCCAAAUACUGGCUCCCUUGGCUUGUAGGAAUGCCAGCAGAGACCACCACCGCCAUCUGCUCCAUGAUCAUGGGAGGAGUGUUUGAGAAAUUUCCCAAACUGAAAGUGUGUUUUGCACAUGGAGGUGGUGCCUUCCCUUUUACAGUUGGAAGAAUCUCCCAUGGAUUCAACAUGCGCCCAGAUCUGUGUGCCCAGGACAAUCCAACCAACCCAAAGAAAUACCUUGGUUCCUUUUAUACAGACUCCUUGGUUCAUGAUCCUCUGGCACUCAAGCUGUUAACAGAUGUCAUAGGAAAGGAUCAAGUCAUUUUGGGAACUGAUUACCCCUUUCCACUAGGGGAGCUGGAACCUGGGAAACUGAUAGAGUCCAUAGAAGAAUUUGAUGCAGAAACAAAGGAUAAACUCAAAGCUGGCAAUGCCCUAGCAUUUUUGGGCCUCGAAAGAAAACAAUUUGAAUGACUGGAUUUACUACAAAGGCAAACAUUCAAGAAGUUAUCUUAUUUUUGUUUUUAAAUAUGUAUCACACAUGCAUUACUAAAAUCUUAUUUGGAACUAUUUUACCCAGAAAUAGAAUAUCCACAAAUGUUCUAAAUUAUUCAUAACAAAAAUGACUCACAGAAUAUGUUUUCAUUCUGAAAAACAGCACAUUGUUUUAUGUACGAAUCAAAAAUAAUUUUCCCAACACUUUUUAAAUUAAUGUCAGAAAUAAAAAGCAAAAUGUCAUUAAUGAUUUACAUGUAGAAAGACCAACCACCAGACUCAUCCUGGAGGGCUGAGGUAGGUUCCCCACUUGGAGCAAGUCUAUGUGAAUAGGGCCCAAAUAACCCGUUUUUAUCCACUUUUAACACCCUCCAUUAGUCCACAACUGGGCCGGGAAUGCUUUACAAUCCAAAAAAUAAGUGAUACAUAUAUUGCAUCAUCUCUAGAGGGCUUACAGUCCAAUUAAAGAGGCAAGACACAUGUUCAUGGAAUAAUUAUUAAGCAAUACAAUCGGAAGCACAGAAGUUUCAGUAAGAAAAACUCAUCUGGAUUCAAACUUGCGCAGAUCUUCACAGAACUCGGGCUGAGUCUCUAAGGAUAGACAAGCCUAGUUGGAAGAUGGGAAAUAGACAAAGAGGCAAAAAUCUACAAGAACAGGGAUUUCAGACAGAAUGAGAACUUACCUAUUCUGAAGAAAAGCUCCAGUCUAUAAUUUACUUUUACCAGAAGCUCUUUUAAUUUAAAAUACUGAGCAAAAUGUGUAAAGCUAGUUAUGGAGAUCGAGCAAGGAAAUACCAGGGUAGCUUUGUUCUACUUACUUCAUUU